GAGGGGGGACUGGCGGGCACUGCACGCGGACUUCCAAGUGGUCCCCGGCACAGUUGGAGGUCGGAGUUCUGAGCCCCAGAGGGCGGAUACCCAGAGGUCCCAAGUGCCCGCGAGGAGCCCGCGGCGCCCAGGACCAGGCUUGGCGCUCGGAGCGCACCAAGCCUCGCAGAAGCAGAAGAUAAACCCUGAUGGGCCCGGGGGCUGGUGGGCUGGGGCGUAGCGUCAGCGCGGACCCCGAGCGUCUUUCGUUUUAAGGAGCCUCACUUCUGGGAAGGGACGGGGAACUGUCAAUCAGCGAGGGAGGGAGCGCACCGGCGCUGGGUGAUGUCAGCGGAUCAGCUGCUCGAUAACAAAGAGGGGGUAUUACAGGAGAAAGUUGCAGCGGCGGCGGCGGCCACGGCGGCACCCCGGAGCCUCGGAAGCGAGGGGCAAGUGGGCGAAGGAGGAGGGACGGCUGCUGCGGGAGCGGCUUAAGGCCAAGGAAUUGAAAGGGCUCUAGGGGGAGGCAGUGCGAGCCAGCCCCGACUGCUCCUCCUCUUCCUCCUCCUCCAAACUCGCAGGGUUCAGCCCCAGCGCUCGCUCAGCCGCCGGGAGCACCCGGAGGGACGGGAGGCAGCCGCGCGGCUCCGAGCUGGGCAGGGUCCCCAGCCGCCAUGGAUAGCGACGACGAGAUGGUGGAGGAGGCUGUGGAAGGGCACCUGGAUGAUGACGGAUUACCGCACGGCUUCUGCACAGUCACCUACUCCUCCACAGACAGAUUUGAGGGCAACUUCAUUCACGGAGAAAAGAACGGACGGGGGAAGUUCUUCUUCUUUGAUGGCAGCACCCUGGAGGGAUAUUAUGUGGAUGAUGCCCUGCAGGGCCAGGGAGUUUACACUUAUGAGGAUGGAGGAGUUCUCCAGGGCACAUAUGUAGACGGAGAGCUGAAUGGACCUGCCCAGGAGUACGACACAGAUGGAAGACUGAUCUUCAAGGGACAAUAUAAAGAUAACAUUCGGCAUGGAGUGUGCUGGAUAUAUUACCCAGAUGGAGGCAGCCUUGUAGGAGAAGUAAAUGAAGAUGGAGAGAUGACUGGAGAAAAGAUAGCAUAUGUGUACCCUGAUGAGAGGACUGCCCUGUAUGGAAAAUUCAUUGAUGGAGAGAUGAUAGAAGGGAAACUGGCUACUCUUCUGUCCACUGAAGAAGGAAGGCCUCACUUUGAACUGAUGCCUGGAAGUUCGGUGUACCACUUUGAUAAGUCAACUGCAUCUUGCAUUUCUACCAAUGCCCUUCUUCCAGAUCCGUAUGAAUCAGAGAGGGUUUAUGUUGCGGAAUCUCUCAUUUCCAGUGCUGGAGAAGGACUGUUUUCAAAGGUAGCAGUGGGACCCAAUACUGUUAUGUCUUUUUAUAAUGGAGUCCGAAUUACACACCAAGAGGUUGAUAGCAGGGACUGGACUCUUAAUGGGAACACCCUCUCCCUCGAUGAAGAAACGGUCAUUGAUGUGCCUGAGCCCUACAACCGUGUAUCCAAGUACUGUGCCUCCUUAGGACACAAGGCAAAUCACUCCUUCACUCCGAACUGCAUCUAUGACAUGUUUGUCCACCCCCGUUUUGGACCCAUCAAAUGCAUUCGCACGCUCCGAGCCGUGGAGGCCGACGAGGAACUCACUGUUGCCUAUGGCUACGACCACAGCCCCCCGGGAAAGAGUGGGCCUGAAGCCCCCGAGUGGUACCAGGUGGAGCUGAAGGCCUUCCAGGCCACCCAGCAGAAGUGAAAGGCCUGGCUCUGGGCUUCAGAGACCUGGAAUAGAAACUUGGAUCUAUGCACUACGUUUAUCCGACAACGGGACAACCAGGGACUGCUCAUGCUGUGACAUCACAUCCUCUCACUCUGCGUUCGCUACAACUUUCUCGAAUACUAACUAGGUCUGACUGUAUUACUCAUACCAGAUUUAAAAUUAGCUAGCAACAACGCCCUCCUGAGAGGUACUGUUGAGCACUUGACAGAAGACAGCGUGAUGUUCUUGGGUGGUUCAAGACUAAAUCUGUACCACAUUCAGAGAUGCCAAACGAUUAGACUGAAAAAAGGGAAAAAGGGGGUUUUUCAGUCAUUUUUAGUCAGUGGCUUUUCCAUGAGGUUUAUUUCUGUGGCCAGUGCAAAUUGCGUUAUCACACUUGCAUAUGCGCCAUAUGGAGGACAGAGAAUUACUACAUUUUUAUUCUCUAAAUGUAGUAUCAUUUGCCUUUUAACCUUUGAUCUGUUCUUGCAAUAGAAUGGCUUUGUUUUUUCCCUAGCGAACAGAACCCCACUUUUUGAGUCACUUCACCCCUUAGUCCUCUUCUCUAUCUUAGGUAUCUUUCACAAGAGAAAACUUCCAAAUGGAUUUCGUUUCAGUGCCAGUGUGUAGGUCUCUCUGGCUCUCUCUAUAUCACUGUUUCAUUAUUAUGUCCUAAUAUAAAGACCUGGCUCCUAGGGCCGGGCUAUUAUUAUAGAAUUAUUAUUCUCGCAUGUAAACAAAGGUAUCUUUGCUUUAAGAUGUGAGAAGAAAUGAAUUUACUUUGUUUGCAUUAAGUUAUGGAAGAGUUGUAACAUAUACUUUAAGAAAGAAGAGAGGGAAAUUAGUAUUUCUAAGCAGUAGACGUGGCAAUUUUGCAAUAUCUUCAAUAGUGCUAGUAAUUUUCUUUCUCCUUGGGUACACAUUAAAUGUACAUAACAGAGCAGUCUGGCUUGUGGCACAGUGCAUUGAAUUCAAAAGUCAAAUAGCAAACUUGAAUUAUAACACAGAAUUCAAAAGGUUUUUUUCGUUUUUCGUUUUUUUUUUUUUUUUAAAUCGCUACUGUUAAGAGAGACGUACUGAUCACUAGGUACAAAUCAAACCUUAAUGGUAAAACUCUUCAUCAUUGUAAUUUCAAAGCACUUAUCUGCUUCACAGCCUUGUGAAUUAAGACUAACACCUGUAUAGUUUAGAAGCAACGGUAUCAAUAGCAUUUCAGCCAUUUUUGCUAGCCGUGUGUAAUCACAACUGCAGAAAUAAGGAGAAAAGCCCCUGUUUUUUAGUUUAGCUAAUUAGGUAUGUAACCUGACUGGGAUUACUCUGGGGGAAUUCUGGGAGUUUGGGGUUUUUGUAAGUGCCCUCACCACACGCCAUAGCUGUGUCCUCUUCAGAUGCCCAGCUGAGGAGCUGGGAGGUCUGGAAAGCAGCAGUUGCUACAAGUUGCAACUGUCAGCUGGGGCACCUGUCACCGAGUCAGUUUGGUCUUGAAAGCUGAAGCCUUCCACACUGUAGCUCUGGCUAGUAGGGAAGGCUUGCUGGGAGCAGGAAAAGAGAAAAGAAACAGGCAGGAGGAAGUUUGCUAUUUCAUGUCAGUGACACAUUGCUCUUGGGAAGAAUUUAACAAAAGUGCUUCAUCCAGAGCUGCUCACAACUUUCAGUUCUGGCAGCUCCUGGGCACAGGAUUCAGCCUUCAAGACAGUGACAGAAGUGGCCCUUUCCCUUGGUAAAUCCAGGCUUCCCAGAGCUCCCCUGUCCCCAGCAGUGCAGCUGGGUGGCCAUGGUUUCAGGGAGCUAAGCUGCUGGUUCACUCGUGAGAAAUUCUGAGGCUGCCAGGAAGAUCUUCCGCGAAGUGAACUGAAUAGAGUUUUUAGAUUAAAAGGCACCAGGAUAGGAUUGCUUCUAUUCUGUAGAAAGAGACCGUUCCAUAAACUGGCCGAUGGGCAGAGUCUUGGGACUUGUAUUCUGAUAGGUGCUUUCAUUCAAACGUGUCCCAAAGUGACUGUCUUCAGGAGAAAGAUGGCUUUAAUCAGCCCCAGUGAGUUGGGUUGUGGAGCCAGAUCAGGGAGUGCGGUCGGUCGGGGGAGGAUGGCGCAGGAUCCAAAGCAAGGACUUCAGGCUGCCGGCUGCCAUGGGGUGUAAUUUCUGUCCCAAUGGGCUUCCCCAUUCAAAUGGAAUUUUUCUUUUCUUUUGACAAAAGUGGCUGAAGAGUUGGAAAUAGUGAUUAACCAGCGAAUCCAUUUUUCAAAUAAGAUAGUGAAUAACCCUCUGAGUUUAAAGCCUGGCAGUGUGUCUGUCUGUGACGUUCAGACAAAUCAGAGGAAGCAGUACAUCCAAGCUGAGCCUCUCCACGUCCUCUCUCCUGUCUCCCUUGUUCUCUGGCUCUUCUUUCUCCUGCCCUACCCGCUCCUCUCUCUCUCUCUCUGUUGUCUGUGAGAAUGGCUGGUGUUUGUACAUAACAGCGUGCCAGCUGAUCCCUCCGACCGCUCCCUCUCUCCCUCCUCUCCUCCCAGUCUCUCUGGCCCAUUGGACCCUCUCUGUCUGUCUGUCCCUCUGCGAGUACCUCUCUCCAUCACUCUGUGUCCAUGUCUGGUUCUGCUGCUUCUGUUGUCCCCCUGACACCCCCCCCCAACCAAAUGUAAGGCUUUGUCACAGGGUGGGGUCGUAGGGGGCCUUGAGAUUCACUGUGUUCUGUAGGUAGAUAAAACAGUCAAGGGGGUUGGGGUCCCAUGAGGAAUUAACUGGUGAGGGAAUAGGGUUUGUUCCCUGUUUGAGCCAAAGCUGAGGGGGAAGCCUUGGGAUGUAUUUUUCUACUGAAUCUUGAUGUCCGCUGUGGAAGGAAAUAUGUCAGGAAGCAGGUAGUUUCAUCAGCAUCGUAACAAAUGUGGAAGAGUCCAGGUGGUGGGGAUAAAGGAGUAACUUUCUGCUCUCCUGCAAAAGGGCCGGUGCCGAGGAGGGUGCCUGAUGCCAUGGUCCCCAUCAGAUUCACUCAGAGCUGUCUCAGUCCAACUCCUGCAUGACUAGAUCUUUCCUUAGCAGCUUUUCUAUGACAAAAUAUUAUCUUGUGUUAGAGUUAGGAAUAGGAACUAAUCUGUAGGAGUAUGUCCCCAAAUGGGUAUUUGAAAGGACUCACAAAAAACAACCGUAAGGACUGAAUUUCUGACACAGAGGACUGAUGAGAUUUAAAAGCUACAGGCAAGGAAGACUUGAGUUUUGCAUUACCUAUUCUUAUUUUAACCUGCUUCAUCCCUGGUCUGCCUGAGAAACUGAGAAGGAAAUUCGUUGUUCAAGACCCCUUUGAACCUGUCUGGGGCUGUCAUUAAACUUAUUUGCCUUCUGGGGGUUCUUCACAUUGAAAAACAAUUUCCUUAUCACCAACAACCUGAAAAGGCCCAAGUGAAGGCCAGGUGUAACCAUUGACAACAUUUAAUUGUAAGGGUAAAAUUGCAGUAACUGUGAACAGUGAGUUCGAGGGUUGUCUUCUCAGUGAGUGGUAUGUGGCACUUUAGUAAAUUUCCUUUACUAUAUGGAAUUUUAAAUCACUCACUGCAAAAUGCAUUUAAGAUCUUCCAGGAAGGUUAUUGUUUUCUGUUGUGCUUUGUUUUAAAACAGUUGCCUCAAGUUUCUGUCUUAAGAGUAGUGAUUUAGAAUCCAGACAUCUUUCAUUUUAGAAAAACAAGCAAAACCAUGUUGCAAGACUGAUAGUCGUAAUGUUUAUUUGCCGCAGAUCAAAGGUUCACAAAAUAUAUUGAAUUUACAUCUACUUGAGGUACCUUGAUAGACUGUUUUUUUUUUUGUCUUUGAUCUUUCCCUUCAGGAAUGUGGAGCCUCAGUGUCCAUUUUGAUUUUUAAAAUCCUAAAUUGUAAUCGUUUUAUUUUGCCAAAUGGGUGCAGACAUACUCAAAGCAAUGAAAACUAUUUCAAGCCAUACAACCACAGGGAUGGAAACCCUUUUCACAAAUUUUAACGUGUUUGUAUGUAAAUAGAUGUUUGUAUGAACUAUUUUCAUGGUAGAAUGAAUAUAUUUAAGUGAAGUUGAAUUAUUCCAGUGCUAUUUAAACAAAUUGCAAACAUUUUUGGUGAGAAUUCUCUGAGUCUAUUGAGAUAUAAUGCAGAUCAGUUUUGAUUUUUACAAAAUCAAAAAGCCUACAAAAAACUCUGACUCAUGGCAACUUCCCCGCGUUGUUGCAUCUGACGUGGAGAGAGCUCGUAGGCUUCCCCAGUGCCUCAGCCGCUUCCUGGUGGAAGUUAGGUGCUCGUGGAGGUAUGUCCACCCUUAGUGACAUCACUCCGGGCCUUUGGGGGCCCGUGAGUGACUCAGAGGCAUUAGAGACACCGGUGCAGUUAUCCGGAGCACAAUUUCUUUGCAGGGCAGCAGAAUCAGAAGCCAGACGUGGCCAUGGGAACCUCGGAACCGGGUUUUCUGGCCGCCAUCCACCGCUUUCCUUACUGCCUAGUCACACACGUCAGGGAGGCUGCCCUCAGUGGAGCUGGGGUUCAGACCCCCGGGUGGGACCUCACGGUUUUGCCAGCAGUCCCUGCCUCUGGGCCUCCACCUCGAGAGAGGACGGAGGAGGGUCCUGCUGGCAAGGGGCCCAUUUCUCAGCACAGUACACUUCCGGUCUCAGCUCUGGGAAACUAUGCACCCAAGCACCAAACUUCCAACCAGAGAGAGACAUCCUCGGAUAACGCAGAUCCUUGCUUCCUCUGUCUGUGACUUUACACACCGUUGUUAGAAGUCGUUUUAACAUCAAGACCAAUCACCUCCCUAUAGGACAUACCUCCCAACUCCACUGACUCUUACUAGAACACUCCUUUAUAAUGAUAUUCAACUUGAGUGGUUUGUUUUUUUUUCCGCUUUAGUCCUGGAUAUAAUGAAAUGAUAAAUAUGAUGACAAAUUUUCACUGUGUAUACUAGCAAUAUGUACACACAUACCAAUGUAUCUUAACCUACAACUUGGUUACAUUUUGGGUGACUGUCAUUCAUCUCAAGUCAUGUACUGGGAAACUACAGGGACUACAUGAUGUCUGCUUAUCAUAGAGGAAAGUUGGGUUCAUGGUUCUGAGCUCCCUACUUCAAAAGUUUUUCCUCCUGGGUUUUCUGUGUUCUCUUUUUAUCCUGAAAUGCAUUGAUUAGGUUGUGAGGUAUGUUUAAGGAUUGGAAGCCAGGGGAAUGCUUUCGGCAUUUAUUGCAACCAAAAGUUAACCUCAUCACAGUUAACGAGCAUCUUUGAUUGGUCUUUUGUGGAAUUUGAACUAAAUCUAUGAGCCUUAUUCAAUAUCUAUAAUUCUAUGAUUUUUUUAAAUUAUGGGAAAUUAAUGAAAGAUGUUUACAUGAAUAAUGUUUGCCCUUACUGUGUUAUGAAUGAGUUUUUUGUAGUGUGUCUGGGUGCAUGUGCAAGAGUAGGAAAAAUGUUUCUGAAACAAAACUUGACAAAUAUUUGUAAUGAAAAGUAAAUUUAAAGAUUGCUAUAAUUGCGCUAUAGAAACAAUGCAAGUAUUAAACAAAAUAUACAAUCA